AGUACAUAAACACAACUGAACUAGAAAAUAAUACAAAUGAAUUAUAUGGCCUAAGUGAUAUAGAUGACAUGUCAACUAAUAAAGCUCAAGAUAAUUCAACUUCAUCCAGCAGUAUUAUGCCUAAUGACUCU